UUCUUCCUCCUCCUCCUCCGCCGCCGCCGCUGCGCGGAGCCGGGGCGGGGCGGCCCCUGCGGCAGCGGCUCUGCCCGGCUCCGCCGGUGCGGGAUGCUCCGCCGUUCCCCGGCGGGGCUGCAGCGUUACCGGCCAUGGGCGGCGGCGGCGGUGGCGGAGGAGGAGGAGGAGGAGGAGGUGGAGAAGGAGGAGGAGGAGGAGGAGGAGCGGGGGACACGGCCGGAGUGAUGCCGCCCCUGUAGGCUCACAGCAGGAGAGGUCUGUUAUUUUUCUUACGAUGGAAAGGCUGGUUGUCUAUCUACUGGUUAUUAGCACAGCUGUGAAGGCCAUGAUGUGUCCCAAAAGAUGCAUGUGCCAAAACCUGUCUCCAUCCUUCACAAUUCUCUGUACGAAGACAGGGCUUCUCUUUGUGCCCCCCAGUAUUGACAGAAGAACAGCAGAACUAAGGUUAAUGGAUAACUUUAUCACUACACUUAGGAGGAAAGAUUUUGCAAACAUGACUAAUCUAAUUCACUUGACACUAUCAAGGAAUACAAUAAGUCAAAUCAUGCCUUAUGCAUUUUUUGAUCUUAAAGGCCUUCACGCCUUACACUUGGAUAGUAAUAGACUGACUUACAUCAAUGAAGAUCAUUUCAAAGGUUUAAUUAACCUUCGGCAUUUAAUACUCAGUAACAACCAAUUAAACUAUAUUUCUCCUGGGUCACUGGAUGACUUUAUUGAAACAAUUGAAGACCUGGAUCUGUCCUACAACAAUCUUGUUAAUGUUCCUUGGGAAACCAUUGCCAAACUCUCUAAUGUCAAUACAAUCAGUUUGGAUCAUAAUCUCAUUGAGUUUGUGCCAGAGGGAAUCUUCUCCAACCUUCACAAACUUGCCCGUCUAGACAUGACCUCCAACAAGUUGAAAAAGAUCCCUCCUGAUCCUUUGUUUUCCAGAAUACCUGUGUACACCAAGUCUAAAGGAUCUCCACUGUCAUCCCUGGUGCUUAGCUUUGGAGGGAAUCCCUUGCACUGCAACUGUGAACUCGUGUGGCUGAGACGUCUUACCAGAGAGGAUGAUCUAGAAACCUGUGCCUCUCCACCAGAACUGAUGGGCAAAUACUUUUGGUCUAUUAAAGAGGAGGAAUUUGUCUGUGAACCCCCGAUGAUAACGCACCGAACCCCCAAACUAACAGCAACAGAAGGCCAAAGCAUCUCUUUGAAGUGCAAAGCUGUUGGUGAUCCAGAUCCCUAUGUUCGCUGGAUCUCACCCGAUGGGAAGCUGGUCUCUAACACAUCUAGGACGAUUUCUUAUGAGAAUGGUACUCUUGAUAUUCUGGUUACUUCUCUGACUGACAAGGGCACAUUUACCUGCAUAGCAUCCAAUGCUGCGGGAGAGUCGACAGCUCCAGUCGAGCUCCUUGUUACCCCAUACCCUAACCUUGCUAACAGUACCAACUGUGAUAAAGACGUGGAGCCUGGCCCCUCAGAUAUUCUCAUCUCUGCCAAGUCAAGCUUUCCAAAUGAAACAAAGGCUCAGCAAGAGAAGGUGGUCGUGGUUGCUGAGCUGACAUCGUCCUCUGCUCUUAUCCAGUGGCCACCUCAGCAACACCUCCCUGGGAUUCGGAUGUACCAGAUUCAGUAUAACAGCUCUUCUGAUGACAUACUAGUGUACAGGAUGAUUCCAGCUGCAAGUAAAUCCUUCUUCUUGACUGAUCUGGUUGCAGGACGUGAGUAUGACCUCUGUGUUCUUGCCGUUUAUGACGAUGGAUUAACAUCUUUGACCGCAACCAGAGUGAUCGGAUGUGUGCAGUUCACAACCCAGGAAGAAUACAAACAGUGCCGAUCCCUUCACGCACAGUUCCUUGGAGGAACCAUGAUCAUCAUUAUUGGGGGUAUCAUUGUGGCUUCAGUUCUUGUUUUUAUUUUCAUCCUCCUCAUGAAAUACAAAGUCUACAACAACCACCACAAGAAUAAAACUACUAAAGUGAAUAAUGUCUGCUCUCAAACCAAUGGAAGCCAAAGUGGCUCGAUGGCUCGAUCCACUUCUAAACUUGCAGAGAGACGGGAAAGUUUGCACCAGGAAUGCUCGGGCUCUUCCAUCAAAGGCAAAACUGUUGUAGAUUUGGAUUGUGACAAAGCAACUCCAGCCAACACAACCUUUUUAACAACUGAAGCGUUACCUUAAUGGCCAUUUGACGGGACAGGACAAACCUGGUGGUAUUGCUUGAAACAUUUGACUGCGAGUGGUUGUAUUUUAAGCUUCACUACUAUUGUCUAUUUUUAAGAUCAGAUGGUUUAAAGAAUAUUUUUUUAAUCUGUAUACACUUCUUGCAUUCUUAACUAUUUUGUUUCAAUAUUAUUAAAUCUAAGUGUGUGAUUUACAAGAUUUUUUUACCGGUUCUUUUAUAGCACACACCUCUGGUAUCAAGGCAGCAGCAUGGUGAAGUUCUACUUAGGUUGUCUCGGGGGAAAUGCACUGUGUUUUCAUUUGGUUACCAAACUAGCAGCAAAACUGUAUUCUCAGGAUCCUCAGACUUCCUUUCUCAUGGCAGAGUCCCUUAGAAGCUUAAACUACUCAUCUCUUCAAGGAACAAUUUGUUAUAAAGUUAGUAGCUUCUCAAUACAGUUGUUGGGGUGUUUUUUUGCCAUAAGUAUGUUGUCUACAUGCUGCUCACAGAAGAGGUAAAACUAGCAAAGGUUUCCCAUAGGAAAAAGAAAAGGACACUCAACAUAAAAAAGGAGAAAUUUAAAAGUACUUUAAGUACUUUAGCGUAUUCUCUCAAUAUUCACUGGCACAGAAAUAUGAACUCGUAUUGUUGGCUGCUAUCUGUUGAGACUGUGCCUUUGAGUAAUUUCCUCUCAUUCUUAGUAGUCACAUUUACCUUUGUUUUGGGAGGAAGAAGACCUGGGUUUGUUUUUCUAAAUGGUAAACCUUUACAAACCAGGUUGAAAUUCCAUGUGUUUCACUGUACACAUUUUUGGUCUGCUGUAAACCGUGCCACAGCCUCCCCAUCUGAAAGCCUUUUGUUGAUUGAGGACCCACAGAUUAAAGCUUAUGUGCCCGAGGACAUUGCACUAUCUCACUAUGACACUGCAUCUUCAUCUGGCUUUGAUAUCAGUCUCAUUUCUGUAACAUUGCAUGAAGUGUACUGUAAGUGGCUGAUAGAUGAAUUACGUGAAUGUGUCUGAUCAAGUAAUUUUAAUGCAUCGGAUAUUGAAAUAUUCCUUUUGUUUCCAGGGAUACGGUCAGAUCGAGUUUUGGGGUUGGAAUAACUUUCACAAAGCCAGUGAGGAGCUUGUGACCUCAAGUAGACAAAAUGCUCCUUUUGCCAUCAUCAUUGGAUGGUGACUCUUUGCAGUGCUUUGGUUGUGACUGGCUUGUGUCUUUUAAGGCAUGACAACUUGGCAGUUAGCAGAAAGAGAAGUAUUUUCCCUAAGCUUGUCCCUUUAACAGAUUCAAAGUAUUUCUCCUGUUUGGAUAUGAAAUAAUGGGCCAAGAGAAGUUAGGUAACUCUUAAGUAAGCCUAAAAGUGAGGCAGAGACAGCCAAAAGUUGUUUAACUACUUAGCACUUAAGUACUGUGUCUUAAUGCAGUUAGUCUUACAAACUGCCAAAGUAGGAGGCGUUUCUUGAUGUUUCUGUGAUGCUGAGGCCUCUCUUCUGAUUUGAUUGUCAAAUAUCAAUGGAGGAAAAUGUAACUCGAGGGAUUCUGUUAUCAGGGAUAUUUAUGACAGUGAGGUCAGACUAUGCAGCCACACUCACGGUAGUGUUCUUUGUUGUGCAAUCAUGCAAAUGGAUGCUUCCUGUUAUGUAGAUGAUGGUGAUGGGGCUUCUGCUUUCCAAGGGUGCAGACUCAACACUGGAAUCCUGAGGUAUAACCACCUGAACCUGCCUAUGGUCACUCAAUUGAAAUGCUUUCAUAAUGCCCACCUCUUCAAGAGAGCCAAUUCCUUCAUCUUUGUCCAGACACCAAAGUCAACGCUGGAACGUGAACAUAGUUUUCUUACUUACUGCAGCCUGAUUGCUAUGUGUCACGAGUGGCUCAACCCACCUGUACAUUAAAUCUGUCUAUUGGUAAUAUCCUG